AAACAAACCCGAGCAGUCACGAGCCGUCCCCACAAAACAGGACCGAACAUGACCAGAUCUUUAAACACUGGUUUUAGAGGGCCCGCGCAUCCCAGUAACCGUUUGUAAUCGCGGCAACGACACGGCGUCAACAAUGUCAAAGGUGGACUGCAUUUCGCAGCGGGUUAAAUUCAGCGAAAUUAGCUCGAUUCUGGAAAAGGUCAAAGCUGCCUCCGGCGCCAAGCGGGACGAGCUGCUGCGGAGAUACUUUGCUUCGUUUGAGCAGUUCCGGCGCGAGUUUCAACGGGAAAAUCCUGGCCAAGCGCGUUCCAGCAUCUUCCCGGUGCUGCGUCUCCUCCUGCCGGGCGCGGACCGCGAGCGGGACUCGUACGGCGUGCGGGUUAAAUCGCUACGGGACCUGUACAUCAAGGUGCUCGGCAUCAGCGAGUCCAGUACGGAGGCGCGCAAGCUGUCCGGCUAUGACGAGGAGACGGGGGGUGGCGGCGCUUCGUCGUCGGAGGACUUUGCCGAUCGGGUGUUCCGGCUGAUGCAGGGCCGGUGUCCGCCGGAGGGCAGUUUGACGGUGUGGGAGGUUAACGAGCGGUUGGACGCGAUUGGGGGGCAUUAUGUGAAUGGGGAGAGGAGACGGAUUGGGGAGGAGUUGGAGCGGUUGGUUGGGGGGAUGAGUCAGGUUGACCAGAAGUGGUUGAUACGGAUAUUGCUGAAGAAUUUGAGGCUUGGGAUGAGUCUGGGGAAGAUUUUGGGGGUUUAUCAUGCGAAGGCGGGUCAGUUGUACGAUAGGUUUAGUAAUUUGAGUAAGGUUUGCGAGGUGGUUGAGAGUGGCGAGGGGUGGGAGGAGUUGGGCGAGGGUGGUGGGAGUGUGGAGUUGUUUCAUCCGGUAAAGCCGAUGCUUUGUCAGCGGGUGGAUUUGAAGCUGGUGGACGGGAUGCUGAAGCGGGACGAGUAUUGGCUGGAGACUAAGAUGGACGGGGAGCGGUUCCAGAUCCACAAGGACGGAGUGGUGUUUAAGUACUUUUCCCGGAACAGUUACGAGUACAGUCACGUGUUUGGUGAGAACCGGAACCAGGUUGGGUCGACGUUGACCCCUUUUUUGGCGGAUUUGUUGGCUUCGAAUGUGCAGAGCGUGAUUCUGGACGGGGAGAUGAUGGUCUUUGACAAGGUUGCUUUGAUCUACCGGGAUAAGAGUGAAAACACAGAUGUGAAGGCUGUCAAGUCGGACAAUCCGACGUUGAGACCUUGCUUCUGCGUUUACGACGUGCUGUUUCUGAACGGAAAGAGCAUGAUUGCUGUUCCGUACGCGGAACGUAUCCGUCUUCUGGGAACGUUGGUGAAGCCCAAGGUCGGCGUUUUGACGACCUGCAAGCGGGUCAAAUUGGAGAGUAGCGAACACCUGGUGGAACUCCUGAACCAAGCUAUCGACACCCACCAGGAAGGAGUGGUCAUCAAGAAGCAGGACUCGACCUACUCUCCGAACGAACGCAACGCCGGAUGGUACAAGAUCAAGCCGGACUACAUCGACAACCUGGUAUCGGACUUUGACCUGCUGAUCAUGGGCGGCUUCUACAACGCGAAGCGAAGCUUCAUCAACACGUUUCUCGUCGGAGUUCUGGACAAGUCCACAGAAGACACCUUUCUGGCCGUCACCAAGGUCGGCAUCGGCCUCUCCGUGGACCAGUGGCGAACCCUGAACACCUCGCUGCGACCCCACUGGCGCGAGGUCACCUUCCGCCGGGAAGGUCGCUCCAAGACCUCCGAGGAACCGCCGGGACUUCGCUGGGGCCAAACCGCUCCGGACGUGUGGAUCCCUCCGAACCACUCCAUCGUACUCCAGCUGAAAGGUUCCGAACUGGUCCGCAGCUCGUCCUUCGCGACCUCCUACACGAUCCGCUUCCCUCGGAUAACCGCGAUCCGCAGCGACAAGGACUUCAAGGACGUCUGCACCGGCGAGGAGUUUGCCCGACUCUGCUCCGCCAACACGACCGUGGCCAAGCUGGCCAAACGGCACGUCACGGCGGCGGACCUGCUCCCCCCAUCCGGCUCAACCUCCCGCAAGCGAAAGCAAAUCUCCCCCCUAAAAUCGCGACGACGAUCCGAACCGGAACAAGACGCCCCUCCCCCCCUCGACGACAUCUGCUCCGGGCUGGACUUUUGCGUGCUCAGCACCGCCAAAGGCGCCCCCUCAAUCCGCGAACUCGAGACAACCAUCCGCCGCCACGGCGGUCGUACCGUCAAGAAUCCGGGCCCCAAAACGUACGCCGUGAUCGCCGGCGAGCGCACCUUCCUCGUGUCCCGCGUCAUCGAAACGCGCCGCCACAACGUGGCCACCGUAGAGUGGGUGCUCCGCACCCUGGGCGGCCCCCAACCCCGCACCAACCUUCCCGAGUUUACCCCGAACGACCUGCUGGCGGCGACGGACGAGCUGCGCGAGCAACUGGCGGAACGAUUCGACCGGUUCGGGGACUCGUUGACGGCACCAAUAGCCAAUCCGGACGAGAUGCGUGCCCUGCUGAAGCAGAUGACGGUGGCGGAGAGUUUGAGUGCGCGCGAGUUACGAAACGGGCAGCGGGAGAUUUUGGGCGUGGGGUCGUCGCUUCGGAUGUUCCGGGGGCUUGUGGCGAGACUGUACGAGGGCAAUCUGAAGGGGGAGGACGGCGACGUGGCGCGGUACAGGGCCCGGUUUGGGAUGUUGAAGUUUGUGAGGAAUGGUGGCAGGUGGGUGGGCGAGGAAGAGGAGGACGCUGGAGGGACGCACGUGUUUGUGGUGGAGAAUGAAGGGUUGGAUAGGGAGCGGUUGAGGGAGUGGGUUGAUGGUCGGGGGUUUGGGAAGGGCAAAGUGGUGCGGUUAGAGUGGAUACAGGCGAGUUUAGGUGGGAAACGGUUGUGUGAAGAACAAUUGUAUAGUAUUAUUUGAAUGUAUUGAGUGGUAUUCUUUGUUAGUUUACAAAUAAAUUGUUUGUUAAUUA